UUGCGGCAGUAUGGAGUUCACAAUUUAGCGUUAGCUCGUUUCGGUGUUAUGCAUCUUAUUUCAGUCCACAAACACAACAUAUUACUCUGAAGUCCUCACAUAAUUUAAAUCUUUAUUGGCUGAAAUAAGAACCGGGGCUGGCUAGUCAUGUUAACGUUUGAUCGAGGUUAAUGAGCGUUGCCACGGAGAGAGCUAGCGCGUGUGCUAGCCUGUCGGCGUCACCGUGGGCUUGUGUUAGCGCGGACCGGGCCAUGGCCUCCGCGUUGGAGAAGGUCCUGGGCGAUGCUCGAACCCUGGUAGAGAGGCUGAAAGAGCACGACACGGCCGCCGAGGGGCUGAUAGAGCAGUCCAGCGUACUGGGUCAGAGAGUUCAGAGCUUGAGAGAGGUGGGAAAUAGCUACCCAGAAAAGCACAUGGAGGAAACUUCAGAAAUUCAGGAACUGACCAAAUACAAGCCCCAUGUCCUUCUUACUCAGGAGAACACUCAAAUUAAGGAACUACAGCAGGAGAAUAAAGAAUUAUGGUUGUCUCUCGAAGAACAUCAGUACGCUCUAGAGCUGAUCAUGGGUCGGUAUCGUCGGCAGAUGCUCCAGCUCAUGGUGGAGAAGAAGGAGUUGGACACCAAACCUGUGCUCAGUCUCCACAAGGACCAUGCCAAAGAAGUGCAGAGUCAGGUCGAGCGAAUAUGUGAGAUGGGCCAGGUGAUGAGACGAGCAGUCCAGGUGGAUGACCAGCACUUCUGCUGUGUACAAGAGAGGUUGGCUCAGCUAGAGAUUGAGAACAAAGAGUUGCGAGACCUGCUAGCCAUCAGCAAGAGUUCUGUGAAGACGCAGAGGGAGUUAAGCCAGUCUGCUGCAGCACAACAACAACCCCUCUCUCAUGGUCCAGGCAAUGAUUAGGACUGGUUCAGUAUCUGUACUGAAGUUUGGGCCAUAAUAACUAAUUCCCAUCAGGACCAAGAGAGAAGGUUGUUUGUUUCAUCACUUGUGUUUACUUCGUUAUUUUUUAUACGUAGGCUGGAAUUUAGUCCAACCACCAAUGUAUUGCAUUUGUUUUUGCAAUAUAGACUAUAUGAACGUGUGCUGGUUAUUGUUGUUUAUAUAUAGUUGUUUCAGGUUUUUGAUAUGAAUGUGUGUUAAUACUGCAUUACGAGUUGGUGUGAAGCCCAGAUAGAACAUGACUUGAGUCAUAGUAUAUAUUUGGCCGAAGAGAAGGCCUAUAUUUUAAGAACCUAUUUUAAAAUCUUUGGUGUCACACACCACCCUUGCUGAGAGUUCAACAGAAGUCCACUGACAACUCAUUUUAAAAAGAGUUGUGACAUCUUGAAUGCAAGCCUUAAGAUCUCGGGCAUUAACAAUGUAUCCGUCGGUCCAUCUUGUCUGCCUGUUGAAGUGUGACAGUGGAUCAUUUGUACAGUACUGACUACAGUUAUAGUGUUUGGUACAUUUUCUUCAUUUUGUACAAUUCAUAAAUACAUUUCCUGUGUUGAGCGCUUAGGAAUAUGUGUCACAACAUUUUCCCUAGUUUUCAGAUUUGGAUGCAGCUUAAUCAGAAUUCCAAUUCAGGACAUGUCUUCAUGCAUGCUCAGUAAUCCAGGAAAGGAAGUCCCAGAAAGGUGAGUCGGUUCAUCUGGACCACAUGAACUGAUUCACCUUCUGGGACUUCAUGACAUGGUCUUACUGAGGCUAUGAUACCUGCAGCUUCAGACUAUGUCAAUGUUGUUGUCCAAUGCCAUUCUCCACAGAUUUAAUGAUGGUAUGUUAAUUUAAGUCAAAUAAAGUCAAAUUCA